AGGCGGCGCUUGCUCGUUUUGCACGGUUGUAGAGGAGCUGCGGGAGCCUGGGUUGGGCCUGUCCGCCCUCCCGCCUUUCUCAUGUGACCCGGUCGGGGGUAGCUCAACGCGGUGGUGAGAAGGAAGGAAGUCGGUGGCGGCGAGGACGGGGCUGAAGGCGGCAGAAGGAUUAUGGCUCUGGUGGUAGCCGUGGUCGGUCCUGCUGCUUGGAGCAGCAGCAGGACUCUGAGCCCCCAGCGUUGAGGAAGAGGCGCUGCUGCCACUGCCGCCUGAGCCGGCCACUUUCCUUUCUCAUCAUGGCUGAGCCGCCAGGCGGUAACGGUGCUGUCUCUCCUCCCGCUGGUUUGCCUCGAGAGGUGCGCGAGCAGCUGGCCGAGCUCGAGUUGGAGCUUUCGGAAGGAGACAUUACCCAGAAGGGAUAUGAGAAGAAAAGGGCAAAGCUGUUGGCUCCAUAUAUCCCACAGACUCAAGGGGUUGAUCCAGGUUUGCAUAAGGAACCACGAAAUCAGACACCUGCUCCAUCUGCAGCUCCAGCACCAUCCUCCUCCAAGUAUCACCGGGCACGCUCUGGGGGAGCCAGAGAUGAGCGCUAUCGGUCUGACAUCCACACAGAGGCAGUGCAAGCAGCAUUGGCAAAGCAUAAGGAACAGAAGAUGGCCCUGCCCAUGCCAACCAAAAGACGGUCCACUUUUGUGCAGUCUCCUGCUGAUACCUGCACACCUCCAGACACGUCUUCUGCGUCCGAAGAUGAAGGGUCGCUCAGGCGCCAGGCUGCUCUAUCUGCUGCAUUGCAUCAGAGCUUACAGAAUGCUGAGUCAUGGAUCAACCGAUCUAUUCAGGGGUCAUCCACAUCUUCAUCAGCAUCUUCUACACUAUCCCAUGGAGAAGGCAAAGGGACCAGUGGGUCACUAGCUGAUGUAUUUGCCAAUACUCGAAUAGAAAAUUUCUCAGUCCCCCCAGAUGUUACAGCAACUACCUCCACACCAGCUUCCUCUGUACGCCCAUCUGCUGUUGACCUGCCUCCAUCAGGAAUAGUGAAGGGCAUGCACAAAGCCUCUAACCGGUCCAGCCUUAUGGACACAGCUGAUGGUGUCCCUGUAAGUAGCAGAGUCUCCACGAAAAUUCAGCAGCUGCUCAAUACUCUAAAGCGACCCAAGCGGCCACCCCUGAAGGAAUUCUUUGUGGAUGAUUUUGAAGAAAUUGUUGAAGUUCCACAGCCGGACCCAAAUCAACCCAAGCCAGAAGGACGCCAGAUGACACCAGUGAAGGGUGAGCCCCUGGGAGUUGUAUGUAAUUGGCCUCCUGCCCUGGAAGCAGCUCUGCAACGCUGGGGAACCACACAGGCCAAAUGUCCUUGUUUGACAGCCCUGGAUGUCACUGGAAAGCCUGUCUACACCUUGACGUAUGGCAAGCUGUGGAGCAGAAGCCUGAAGCUGGCCUACACGUUGCUAAAUAAACUGGGCACCAAAAAUGAACCUGUACUGAAACCUGGGGAUAGAGUAGCCCUUGUUUACCCCAACAAUGACCCUGUUAUGUUCAUGGUGGCGUUCUAUGGCUGUUUGCUGGCAGAAGUCAUCCCAGUGCCAAUUGAAGUACCUCUAACCCGAAAGGAUGCUGGAGGCCAACAGAUUGGAUUUCUGCUGGGCAGUUGUGGCAUUGCUUUGGCCCUCACCACUGAGGUUUGCCUGAAGGGUCUCCCUAAAACACAGAAUGGAGAGAUUGUGCAAUUCAAAGGUUGGCCUAGGCUCAAGUGGGUGGUAACGGAUUCCAAGUAUCUCUCCAAAUCGCCAAAGGACUGGCAGCCCAACAUUUCAAAUGCAGGGACCGAACCAGCUUACAUCGAGUACAAGACAAGCAAAGAAGGGAGUGUGAUGGGUGUAACGGUGUCCCGAAUAGCCAUGUUGUCUCAUUGCCAGGCUCUGUCUCAGGCCUGCAACUAUUCUGAAGGUGAAACCAUAGUGAAUGUCCUGGAUUUCAAGAAGGAUGCUGGCUUGUGGCACAGCAUGCUAACAAGUGUAAUGAACAAGCUGCACACUAUCAGCGUGCCCUAUUCUGUGAUGAAAACCUGUCCUCUUUCUUGGGUACAGAGGGUUCACACUCACAAAGCUAGAGUAGCUCUGGUGAAAUGUCGAGAUUUGCACUGGGCCAUGAUGGCCCAUCGGGACCAAAGAGAUGUCAGCUUAAGUUCCCUGCGGAUGCUGAUUGUAACUGACGGUGCUAACCCUUGGUCUGUGUCCUCUUGUGAUGCAUUCUUGAGCUUGUUCCAGAACCAUGGGCUUAAACCAGAGGCAAUAUGCCCUUGUGCAACAUCUCCUGAAGCCAUGACAGUAGCCAUUCGGAGGCCUGGUGUUCCUGGAGCACCCUUGCCUGGAAGAGCCAUCCUAUCAAUGAACGGGUUGAGUUAUGGUGUCAUCCGUGUGAAUACUGAAGAUAAGAAUUCUGCCCUUACUGUGCAGGAUGUUGGUCAUGUGAUGCCAGGAGGAAUGAUGUGCAUAGUGAAGCCUGAUGGUUCUCCCCAGCUCUGCAAGACUGAUGAAAUUGGGGAAAUUUGCGUCAGCUCCAGAACGGGAGGGAUGAUGUAUUAUGGGCUGACUGGAGUAACUAAAAACACAUUUGAGGUCAUCCCUGUGAAUUCAGCUGGCUCUCCUGUGGGCGAUGUACCAUUCGUGCGCUCUGGCUUGCUGGGCUUUGUCGGACCUGGUAGCCUGGUGUUUGUUGUUGGGAAAAUAGAUGGACUGCUGGUUGUUAGUGGACGCAGACAUAACGCCGAUGACAUUGUGGCCACAGGACUGGCAGUUGAAUCGAUAAAGACAGUUUACAGAGGAAGGAUUGCAGUGUUUUCUGUGACUGUGUUCUAUGAUGAGAGAAUUGUGGUGGUUGCCGAACAGCGGCCUGAUGCUUCUGAAGAGGACAGUUUUCAGUGGAUGAGCCGAGUGCUGCAGGCGAUUGACAGCAUUCACCAAGUGGGAGUAUAUUGCCUCGCUCUUGUUCCAGCCAAUACUUUGCCAAAAACUCCUCUAGGAGGGAUCCAUAUAUCUCAGACCAAACAACACUUCCUAGAGGGGUCACUCCACCCAUGCAACAUCCUCAUGUGCCCCCACACAUGCGUAACCAACCUUCCAAAACCUCGGCAAAAACAACCAGGUGUCGGUCCUGCCUCUGUGAUGGUGGGGAAUCUGGUUGCCGGGAAACGCAUCGCACAGGCCUCUGGGAGGGACCUUGGACAGAUAGAAGAGAAUGACUUAGUGAGAAAGCAUCAGUUCCUGUCGGAGGUGCUCCAGUGGAGAGCUCAAGCAACACCGGAGCACAUGCUUUUCCUUCUGCUCAAUGCCAAGGGAGCCCCAGUGUGCACAGCCACCUGCCUGCAGCUGCACAAGCGGGCCGAACGAAUCGCAUCGAUUCUGUUUGAAAAGGGACACCUCAAUGCCGGUGACAAUGUGGUGCUGCUUUAUCCUCCUGGCAUUGAGCUCAUUGCAGCAUUCUAUGGCUGCUUGUAUGCAGGCUGCAUUCCAGUUACCGUCCGGCCUCCACACGCUCAGAACCUCACUGCUACUCUGCCCACCGUGCGGAUGAUUGUAGAUGUCAGCAAAGCUGCCUGUAUUCUCACCAGUCAGACCUUGAUGAGGCUACUGAGAUCCAGAGAAGCAGCAACUGCUGUCGAUGUGAAAACCUGGCCAACCAUCAUUGACACAGAUGAUUUGCCUAGGAAGCGGCUACCUCAGGUCUACAAGCCACCAACCCCAGAAAUGUUGGCAUACCUGGAUUUCAGUGUUUCCACAACAGGGAUGCUUACAGGAGUAAAGAUGUCCCAUGCAGCAGUCAGUGCCCUCUGUAGAGCUAUAAAGCUGCAGUGUGAACUAUACUCCUCACGGCAGAUUGCCAUCUGUUUAGAUCCCUAUUGUGGUCUGGGCUUUGCACUUUGGUGCCUUUGCAGUGUAUAUUCUGGUCACCAGUCCAUCUUAAUUCCUCCUAUGGAGUUGGAAACCAACCUUUUCCUGUGGCUCUCCACUGUUAGCCAGUACAAAAUACGGGACACUUUUUGUUCCUAUUCAGUCAUGGACAUGUGUACAAAGGGGCUGGGGAACCAAGUUGAUGUAUUAAAGGCAAGAGGCAUUAAUCUGUCAGGUGUCCGGACCUGCGUAGUGGUGGCAGAGGAGCGUCCACGGGUGGCUCUUACUCACUCCUUCUCCAAGCUCUUCAAGGACAUUGGCUUGUCAUCUCGUGCAGUCAGCACCACCUUUGGGUCAAGAGUCAAUGUAGCAAUCUGUUUACAGGGAACCUCAGGGCCUGAUCCCACCACAGUAUAUGUGGAUCUGAAGUCCUUAAGACACGACAGAGUCCGGCUAGUUGAAAGAGGUGCUCCCCAGAGCCUGCUGCUUUCUGAGUCAGGCAAGAUACUGCCUGGGGUCAAAGUGAUCAUUGUUAAUCCUGAGACUAAAGGACCGGUUGGGGAUUCUCACCUGGGAGAGGUCUGGGUGAAUAGUCCCCACACUGCCAGUGGUUACUACACUAUCUAUGACAAUGAAACCCUCCAAGCAGAUCAUUUCAACACCCGCCUGAGUUUUGGUGAUGCUGCCCAUACUCUGUGGGCACGAACAGGGUACCUCGGCUUUGUACGCCGAACAGAACUCACAGCUGCCAGUGGAGAACGCCAUGAUGCAUUAUAUAUCGUAGGAGCACUGGAUGAGACUCUGGAACUAAGAGGGUUGCGUUACCAUCCAAUUGACAUUGAGACGUCAGUUUCUCGGACACACAGAAGCAUUGCUGAAUGUGCUGUCUUCACGUGGACAAACUUACUUGUGGUGGUUGUGGAACUAUGUGGCUGCGAGCAAGAGGCUCUUGAUCUGGUCCCUCUGGUAACCAAUGUGGUUCUGGAAGAACAUUAUCUGAUCGUGGGAGUUGUGGUGGUGGUUGAUCCUGGGGUGAUUCCCAUCAAUUCCAGAGGAGAGAAGCAACGCAUGCAUCUCCGUGACAGCUUCUUGGCUGACCAGCUGGACCCCAUCUAUGUAGCAUACAACAUGUAAUCUUGGGCCUCCAGGUCACAGCACUGAUUACAGACUUCAAGGGACUGGUGACAGCUUUGGAAACAAAACGAAAACUGGUUGGAAAAUUAGCAAAGAUUGUUGAGAAGCUGGACUGUGCUAUCCCGUUUCUUUCCACUGUCACUUCCUGGAUUGAAAGUGAGGCAAACUGAUAGAAGAGGAAAAUAUGGCAGCCUGGCAAAGAAAGUUUCUGUUGGUAUUGCAGGACAUUAGCUUUACCCGGUGGAAAGUUUGACCUGCAUGAGAAAACAAUGCAUUACUAAAGCCUUUACUGUAGUGUUAAACUUUUUUUUCAAUCUGUUGUAUAUAUUUGUAUUUUUUCUAAUACUGUUUUAGGAUUCUACAAGGGGGGUAUUAUUUAGUUAAGAUAGCAAAUUGUUAAGAAAGCGGUCACAUGAAUCCUGCUCAUUCCCCAGCAAACAGUGUGCUUUGCAGCUGUGUGUUAGUUUCAUUCUGUAAUGUAUCGUUACUAUGGGAUCACACCACAUACUUAAAAUUGUGCCAUGACCAAAUCUGAUAACCCACUGAAUGGAAGAACUACUUAUUCAUAUAGAUAUUUCUUAAAUUUUAAAAGAAAGGAUUUUGCCUAUAUUUUAAAUAUGUAAAUAUUAAUAUGCAUAAUUCACUUAUUUAGAAGAUUGGCUCAGAUGAUGGUGACGUGCAGUAGAUGCCAUUUAGGAGCUUGAUUAAAGCCCUUAAACAAAUUUUGGGGGUUUUUGUUAGGCAAUUAUAAUGUAAGAAAUGCAGAACUUAAAAUAGGUUGUCCACUCCGUUAUGUCUUAUUGCGGGCAAGAGUAUGUCAUAGCAUGUAGAAGCCUAUAUUUUCAAUGCACAUGUUUCUAAAAGAGGCUGAAAUUCAUUAGCUUUUAAAGCAUUAUCAAAAUAACAAUGGAAAAACAGUUGCAGCUCUGGAAUGUUUAAUGUAACCUGUACAGCCUCGGCUUACCCUUGUCAUAAAAUGGUGUGUAGGCAGGACACCAUUUAACCAGAACCACUGAAUUCAUUGUCUGAGUCAGGAUUCCCUGCUUAUCUUUCCUUUCACAAUGCUUUAUGCCCACUAAUAGAUGCAAAUGAACAGAGAGACUUCAAUUUAAACUGGAAAAAGCCCUGCUCUUUCCUUGAUGCCUUCCCUGGUUUCUGGAUAGAACUUGUUACUUCAAAGUGAGAACAGUUACAGAGGCAGGGCAAUUCUGUUGAAAGCAUGGGGAAAUACCUCUCCAAAUGUGGUUAAAAAGCAGCCGAUCAGUUUCCAGUCUUCAAAGUAUUGAUGGGGAGAGAAAAAAAGCAGAUGCCUUAAAAUAUGCAGAAACAACCAUUGUCUGAAAAUGUUUUGUAGCCUCUUGUCCCCAGGUGUAGAAAGAUUUCAUUCUUUUGUUUAGAUCACUCCCCCCCCCCCCCUUAUUAUACCCUUAGAUUCUCUCUCUCCUUUCCCUUUACAUUGUUUAAGAAAACACUGAAAGUGGAUGCCAGAAAUGGUAACAAUUCUACUUGGGCCAUUUGUGGUCUAUUGUGUAAAUAGUUAGGAUAUUUUAAUAAUAUCUGUUUGCACCCACUCUGUAACAAAGUCAAUGUUUUUAGACAUUUUUAAAAGAGAUAUAAAUAUAAACUUGGAUUAAAUCCUGAACUACAGCAGCUAUAUUAAGUGCAGCGCUGACAGCUUCCCCUUAAACAAAUCCCAUAUGUAUACUUGAAAACUUUUCUGUACAAAUUCCAAACAGUUAUUUUUAAUGGCCUGACAUAUUGAUACUUUGACAGAAAACAUUUAAAUAAGUUAGCAAAUAUAUUUAAGGUAAUCUUUUUUGGUUAUACAUAACAGUGAUGAAAUAUAUCAUGGAACGAAGAGUUACAGCAAAACUAAAAUGGGGUGUAAGGACGUCCCUUUGCUUUGAACUGUUGGAAUAUUAACUACUGGUUCUUUUAGAGGAGACUUUUAAUAUUUUGUAUUAUCAGUAUUUCCAUAGUGCGGUGCUGCUACCUAGGUGAAAACCCUUCCAUGCUGAUAGUUUUAAGGUGUCAUCUGCACUGGUUAGGAGAACAAAAUAUAUAGCAGUUGCUGGAAUUCAGCAUGUGAAGAGCAUAGUACCAAGGACCUCAGCAUACAAAUGUCCUGAGCACUCAGCCCUGAUUUUUAACUGCAGUUUGAGCUAUUAUCAGCUUUUUAUAAUAAACCACUUUAGCAUCUUUCUACUGAAUGGAACAUAAAUGCAUCCCCCUCUGCCAAGAUACAGGCCCCCACCUCUGUGACCCCUUCCUGACCUUACACCCCUUUACACAUCUCUCUAGAUGUAGUCUGACAGAACUUCUUGGGUACAAGUCAGAGAGACUUCCUCAAAUGACAUUUGUGACAUUUCAAUCUGGAAGACUUGUGUUCUGUUUGGGGGGGAGGGGGGAAUGCUACUACAUGCAACUUCCCCCCUUGAUUCAGUUGUUAAGAAUUACUUGCCUUCCCAGGUUAGUGUGUGACUUUGAAUGCAGAGCGUUAUCUUUCCUUGGUAAUUAAUACUCUAGGGAUUUUAAUUGUACACUUUCAGCUUGGGACCUCCUCAGUGCUGCAGUUGUUUGCCUUCAGGUAGCUUAUACAAAAUGGCUGAGAUUCCAAAGGAAUGACUGUGAAAUCGGUGUCAUUUUUUCCUUGACCUAUGAUGCUGAUUUGCUCUGUGUGGUUUUGGAUAUGUUGUUUCAUGUUCUCCAUCAGCAUAUGAGAUAUUGCAGCUUUUGAAAUGAAUUCAGGGAAAGUGAGUAGGUUUUGCUCUGGGACCUGUCUGGAAAUAGCUGGCCCUUCCAUUUCCCAUAUAACCAAGCAAACUGGUGGUUCUUUUAAUGAAUCCAAAGGGGCAAAGUCAGUUCUCAAGCCCAGUUUUUUUGGGGAUUUCUGUAUUGGCUCAGGUGAUGCUGAACCGAAGUGUACUAGAUUUUCAAGAGUGUGUAUUGUUAUGAAACAGUUGGGAGCAUCUGUUAGCCUGUGAAUCCAUUUGCCAUGAAUGUUCAACAAAAAUGUCUUUCACAUCUUAUUUUCACAGAAUUCCCGCUCUUGUUCAGUAUGUUUAUUAUUGUACCUAUUACACCAGUCCUGUUAUUUACUGAUUUAGUCAACUGUAUAGUCAAGAAUGAUGAGUCAUGCUUAACUAUGCUGGAGAUGUGGUUGUAAAAAAAAAAAGAUAAAUUUAUUUAGCCCUGAAGGCAUUCCUUCCCUUUCAUUAAUGUCAAUACGUUUACCAUUGUCAGAUUCAAAUUACAGCAGUGUAAUUAUGUAUAAAGUUUUUUUUUAUUUAUUUGAAAUUAGGUUUUAGAUAUACUUUUUUAAAAAUUUAACAUCUGGCUGGACAGUGUUCCAUUAACGCAUUGAUUGUGUCUCCUUUGUCUCGUGUUAAUAAAUAAUGAUGCCUGA